GAGAUCUCAGUUAGUAUCUCUGCAUGCAGCUGGUAGACCUCCAGAUGACCUGCUUCUGGCUGCAAACACCAAAACACAUUCACUCUCUUUUCUGUGGUACGCCACCAAAUUGUUAAAUGGAGUCAUUAUCAGCAGUGGAUGAGCCGUUUCCAACACCUCCACCGUACUUCUUACCAGAUGAAAGUAAAUCAGGGCAAGAUGCGAGGAUCUACCAUAUUCACUCACCUUUCAGCCCUCCACCACCUCCUCCUCCGUCAUUCUCCUUUUCUCCUGCAGUCGGCUGCUUCGGCCAGAAUCACACACCUCUCACAGUGUCUGCUCUUCCUCCUCAAACUACUCCCAGGCCAAAGUUUGUGAGUUAUGAAACGGUGCUCUAUCGCUCUCCAGCUCUGACAACAUGCCCGUCCUGUCAGACUCAAGUCACCACACAAGUCACCUAUCAAGUCGGUAGACACGCGUGGCUCAUGUGUCUUGUGUUUGUGUUAUGCGGGUUGGUGUUUGGAUGCUGCUUGAUUCCAUUUUUUGUGAAAUAUUUCAAGGACGCCUAUCACACAUGUCCUCGCUGUCGACGGGUCCUCCAUGUACAAAGGAAGACAUGCUGUGAAUGAACACACAUAAGAUUAACUACCAGAAGUUGAAUCCGAUGUGUUUUUUCACUUUUACAGAGUUUAAAUUGCACUUAAAUGUACGCUCCCUCAAGCUGGAUAAUUAUGUAUGAAUGUAUAAUAUAAAAGAAGACUUGCUUUUUCC